AUGGGUAUGGAAAUUGCAGAAGGAGGAGAUGAUUCCGCUUCCACACCCCAGUCGAAGUGUCGAGGCAAUAUGCUGAACAAACUUUGUCUGGUCUUCAUAUGCGCCGCCAUUGGGUUUGUUACCCUCUAUGCUUCACCCACUAUGAGCCUGGAUGCGACUGGUGUCACUGUGGUGGAUGUCUCCUCCUCCUCCUCCUCUUCUGAUUCUGCGGGUGGCCGAACCAAAGCCCAACAAAAAAUUCGACAGAUUUCCAUCAUUGGGGAACGAAAUUCAGGAACCCGGUGGACCUUUGGUCAUUUGGGAAGAUGUUUCAAUCAUUCCAUCAAGGUGACGACCACAUUUACCCGCUACAAGCAUUGGUUUCAAUUUCCAGACUACAAACGCUACAAGCACAACACGAUUGUAGUUGCCCAAUACCGGAAUCCCUAUACAUGGCUCAAGGCCAUGCAAAAGGUACCCCAUCAUUCUCCCGCACAUUUGGCCUACAGGGCCGAUGCCGAUUGGGAAGCCUUCCUCUCAAAAGAGUGGACGAUGGAGCGGAUCGGAAACGAUCGGUGGCCUAACCAAACCGAGCCUUGCCAACAAUUUUUCGAAUGGAAGGAUAUUAUCAGCUGUCAACGAUACCCAAUACCAAAGGAUGAAAUCAAGGAGCAUAAAUUUUCAGAUCACCAACCUUUUUACGAAAUGAGAAACGACGGGAGUGGUGAGCCCUACAACAAUAUUAUGGACAUGAGAACGGACAAGAUUCGCAACUUUCAGACGGUCAAGGAAUAUGAGGGAGUGUCAGCAAUGCUGACAAUGCAGUAUGAGUACCUUGUAUCAAGGGGUACCCAAGAAAUGUUGGAUCAAAUAUCGGAAUUGACUGGAAUUGAGCCUAGCUGCAAGGCAUAUCCCGCACAAAACAGAUCGGCAAGAACACUGAGUCCAGAUAUGAAGGCGUAUAUAGACAAGCACCUGAACUGGACUGUAGAGGGUUGGAUUGGCUACAAACAACAAUAG